UCCGACAUGAAUAGCUUCCAAAAAGUCACGUUCCAUACAAGACAUGACUCCUCAUAAACUUGUCCCGUGGCCAUAUUCUGAUAACUUUCACCGAAUUGUACCAAAGUUUUUACCUUUCAAUCGAUUUGGACCAAUAGCAACAAAGCGGGGGGCGUUACUUCAGUGCACGCGCGCUUCCUAUUGGGUGUUCUCGACAAACGUGGGCGUGGCUACAGUGGCUAGCUUCACCAAAACAAGCACGGAGGAAGGAAUAAGUGGAGUUAAAAUCAAAAAGGUUGAAGAAAGCUAAUGGGGCGACAACGACGACUCUAAACGAGCCAACGAGCAGCAGCAGCAUACCUCGUUAUGACUAAGAGAGAAACCGUACACAUUGGAUGUUGGACAACUUUGGACACCUCCCACUCAAACAGAACAUACCGCCCACUGCUUGGUGCUCAAAGAUGGACCCCAACAGCCAGACCAAAAUGAUGUCCUGUGAGCCCCCGGGCAACCUGUCCCGCGAUGACACCCAGACCCACAAAGCCGGCCGGGGUCCAGUUUUUCUUCCCUCAGGCUGUAGCUGGCUGGUGGUGGCCGCGGCCAUAGCAGCGUCCCUGAGCGGCCUCAUGCUGGGCUACGAGAUGGGCCUGACGUCGGGCGUGCUGCUGCAGCUGCGCGGCGUCCUUUCGCUGUCGUGCCGCCAGCAGGAGUUGCUGGUCAGCUCCCAGCUCCUGGGCUCGCUGCUAAUUUGCUUGGCCGGCGGUCCGGUCCUGGACCGCUACGGACGCCGCCGCUCCCUGCUGCUGAGCGCCGGCCUGGUGAUCGGCGGCACCAUGCUCCUCAUGGCGGUGGCCUCGCUGGCGGCGUUGACUCUGGGCCGCAUCGUGGUGGGCAUGGGCACCUCGCUCUCGGGUACGGCGGCCUGCCUGUACAUUGCGGAGAUCUCGCCGCGGGAGAGGCGGGGCCUGCUGGUGACGCUCUACGAGCUGAUGCUGGUGGUGGGCGUCAUGCUGGGCUUCAGCUGCAGCUACGCUUUCGCCACGCUACCCGACGGCUGGGUGUACACGUUCGGACUGGUCAUCCCGCCGGCGCUGCUCCAGAUCGGCGCCCUCGUGUUCCUCCCGCCCAGUCCGAGGUUCCUGGUGGCGCGGGGUGAGCUGGAGCUGGCCAGGGAGGUUCUGGCCCGUAUGAGGGGUGGCGCAAAAGAACAAGUGGAAGGGGAACUCAGGGACAUCCAGAUUGGGCUCAAGGAGGAGUCCGAGCACAGUUUUCUGGAGCUGUUCAGUGCCAAGUCCAACCUGCGAUCACGUCUCCUGACGGGCAUGAUGCUCGUGUUCCUCCAGCAGGCCACGGGGCAGCCCAACAUCCUAUCCUACGCUUCCCCCCUGCUGCGCGGCGUCGGCUUCCACAGUGACGACGCCGCCACCCUGGCGUCUACCGGCUUCGGCGUGGUCAAGGUGGUGGGCACGGUCCCAGCCGUGCUGCUGGUGGACCGCGUGGGGCCCAAGAGCUUCCUGUGCGUCGGCGCCGUGGGCAUGGGGAUGUCGCUGGCGGCUCUGGGCGCUUUGACCCUGCAGAGUCACACUCAGCUAACCAGCCUGUGCGUCAGCCACCCGACCCCCAACCACACCGUUUUCGCAUGGGAUCAGAACAGAACAGAGAAUGAGACUCAAAUGCUUCUCACGAGCGCCCCCGUCUGGCGGACAGAUGACGACGACGGCUCGGUGCUAAGCGGGCCCGUGGACGAUAUGUCCUCCUCACUCAAGUGGGCCUCACUCAUCAGCUUGCUUGUGUUUGUGGCCGCCUUCUCCAUCGGCCUGGGGCCAAUGGUGUACGUGGUACUGAGCGAGAUCUUCCCCAUGGGCGUUCGCGGGCGAGCCGUGUCGGUGGUGUCGGCCGUCAACUGGGCCACCAACCUGCUCAUCUCCAUGACUUUCCUCACCAUGACGGAGAGGAUUGGCGUUCCCAACAUGAUGUUCCUGUACGCCGCCAUGAGCUUCGUCCUUCUGGUUUUUGUCAUCCUCUGCGUGCCCAAGACAAGAGGACGCACACUGGAAGAAAUCUCAAAAGAACUGGCGAAAAAGAAGCAUUUUGAAUUUAGCCUGUGCAAGAAGGUCCAAAAUCAGGAGACGACCGGAGUGUCCCGAGAGAAGCCCCCAAGUAUCCUGUGAUCGCUUGAUGAUUCUCAAGUGAUCGUGCCGCUGAAAUAGCAUUCACUUCAUGCUAUGCAACAAUAAGCUAUAACAGUGACGUAAUGGUUAAAUUUACUGUAUGCAUAUUCAAAAUGUUUAUAACUUUAUGUCCCCUUUAAAACGUGAUUUAUCUGUUGCUGUAAAAUACUAACUUGUAUUUGCCUCGUGGCUAUUAAAUUUGUUUUUUUUUU